CUCUUAGCUGUGGAGUUGCGCGUGUGGGUGACAGAGAUGUAGACGUGCUCGUUUCGGUGAAAAAAGAUGUAGGCGUGUAGGGUUCGCGGCUUGGUGUAGGCGUGUACUAGCUGAUGUAGGCGUGUACUAGCUGAUGUAGGUGUGUACUGGCUGAUGUAGGCGUGUACUAGCCGCGUGUUGGUGACUAAGAUGUAGGCGUCUAUGAUUCCUAACAACUUUUGCUUAAUUAAUCAUCUCUUUACCUCAUUGCAUAUCAAUUAAUUAAGGGAUGAUGUCUAAUGACGUCUAAUGACGUCUGACAGGAGCUGAUUGUGUCAAACCACAACGGAUAUGACGUUUUGGUAAACACUUAAGUGGGUCCACCCAGGAGUAAGUAGUAACAGGAAGUGGUCAGUGCUGGUUCCAAAUGGGGUGCCAAUCUACUUGAGAGCACGUCUUCUUGUUUCGAACAAGUCAGGUAUUGUUUGUUCUCUUUCACGCUUUGCAUAAGCGUCAUCAGUGUGGCAGAGUAGACCACAACUGUAACCACUUUUUGAAAUCUUACCAGUGACAUAGCAAAACGGAAAUGAGAGUGAUGUAUUAGGAGAUGGUGAAAGGAAACUAUGCUCCAUUAGUUGUAAUUCAUGGCGGAUUUGGGAGCUGGUCAAACUGGUCGCCAUGCAGUGAAACGUGUGGAGGUGGACAAACCCUUCGAACAAGGUUUUGUAACAACCCAACUCCUUCCAAUGGAGGAAGACCAUGUGAAGGGAAAUUUUUAGACGUUGGCGUUUGCAACAACAUUUCUUGUUCAGUUGAUGGUGGUUGGACAGAGUGGACAGAUUUUUCACAAUGUACUAAGUCAUGUGGGUUUGGCUCUCAAAUACGGUCAAGAACAUGUACGAAUCCAGAGCCAAAGCACGACGGCAAACCUUGCUUUGGACCUAGAGAAGAAGCAAUAGAGUGCACCAUUGAUGAUUGUCCAGUAAAUGGUGAAUGGAGUUACUGGUCCAAUUGGACUAGUUGCACAGUGAGUUGUGGUGGAGGGCUGCGAAAUCGUACUAGAGUGUGCAAUAAUCCAGUACCAGCCUAUGGUGGUCGUGACUGUUCGGGAUACAGCUGGCAGAAUGAAACAUGUUCUGAACGUCCAUGCCCAGUUGACGGAAAAUUUAGCAGCUGGUCAAAUUGGACGUUUUGCUCUGCAACCUGUGGAGGUGGAGUAAGACGGCGGGUACGAUAUUGUGAUGAUCCUUCUCCAUCUUUUGGAGGAAGAAACUGUACUGGUCCUUGGUUGGAAACUGGUGAAUGCAAUGAUGAGGUGUGCCCAAUUGAUGGGAAAUGGAGUGAAUGGGAAGAUUGGAGUGAUUGCUCAAAGUCAUGUGGAACGGGCUUUCACAUUAGGCAGCGGCACUGUAACAAUCCAGCUCCACAGUUUGGUGGGCUAGAAUGUCCUGGAUUUGCUAGUGAAAAUGAUACAUGCAAUGUUCACUUUUGCCCAGUGAAUGGUUCCUGGAGCGACUGGACAAGUUGGACUGAUUGCUCAGAGUCAUGUGAGGGUGGCAUUCAAUACCGAUCUCGGUUUUGUGACAACCCAAGACCUAAUCAUGAUGGCCUUGAUUGUGUGGGAAGUGACCAAGAGAAUAGACCUUGCAAUCAGCAACAAUGUCCACUUGAUGGAGGAUGGGGUACGUGGAUGUCGUGGUCUACAUGUACAGCCACUUGCAAUGGUGGCACACAGAGUCGGUCAAGAUUGUGCAACAAUCCCAAACCACAAUUUGGAGGGUUGGAAUGCCCUGGACAUGGGUCAGAAGAUAAUCCAUGUGGCACAUCAAAUUGUCCAGUUCAUGGAGGGUGGAGUAGUUGGACUCAAUAUUCAAAGUGUAGCAAGUCAUGUCUGGGAGGUCUUCAAUGCAAAUAUCGUUACUGCAAUAAUCCUACUCCACGCUAUGGUGGGAACACAUGUUCUGGAGAACCACGAAACUGUAUUCUGUGUAAUGUUUUUGAUUGCCCCGUUGAUGGUGCUUGGGGAAGUUGGUCACAAUGGUUGAAAUGCACUCUCAGUUGCGGUGGAGGCACCAAACAAAGAUCACGUAAGUGUGAUAACCCUGCUCCAGAAAAUGGAGGCAAAACUUGUGAUGGUUCUGCUGAAGAAGAAGGACAGUGCAAUCAGGAAUCGUGUCCAGUUGAUGGAGGUUGGACUGACUGGUCAACAUGGAGUUUGUGCAGUGUAACUUGUGGUGGAGGUGGUGCUGUCAGAAGGAGAUUUUGCACGAAUCCUUCUCCACUGCAUGGUGGAAGGUACUGCGAGGGUGAUGAACUAGAAAAUGCAACAUGCAGCACUACUCCAUGUCCAGUUGAUGGUGGUUGGGCAGAGUGGACAGACUAUUCAGAAUGUACAACGACAUGUGGGUUUGAAGGCAAUCAACAACGUACAAGAUCAUGUACAAAUCCAGAGCCAAUGUACAAAGGUGAGCCUUGCAAUGGACCUGCUGCAGAAGAAAAGUCAUGUCCAAACAAAAAUUGUCCAGUUGAUGGCCAAUGGGCUGAGUGGUACUUGUCGGAAAGAUGCUCGCAGACAUGCAAUUAUGGGACUGCGGGAUACCGACGUAUCUGCUGGCCACAACCAAAGUACGGAGGUAAACCUUGUGUGGGCAGUGAUACAGAAACCCGAGUUUGCUAUCUGCUAAAAUGUCCACCUAUUGAUGGAGUGUGGAUGCUAUGGUCUACAUGGUCAGCUUGUUCUAGUGCUGUUUGCAGGUCUGCAAAUCUAUACUCGAGAAGAACAAGGCAACGAACAUGUACUGAACCUCAACAUGGCGGAAAACCAUGCUCUGGAGAUGCAACACAAGAGCAGGAAUGCAGCGUUAGUUGCACACGCAGUUGGUCAACUUGGUCGGCACAGGAACACACAAACGUGUGCUUUACCAAUGGCUACGUGGGAAGUUCUCGAAACAGAACCUGUGUGCACGGAUCCCUAACAGAUUGUCCCGUUGUCGAGAGACGUUCUUGGAUGCCAUGUUCUACAAAGUUUACAUCUUGUUCCGCUAUUGAAUCCUAUCGUGGAUGGAUGCUGAAUAAUGGCCCGAUAGGCCCGGUAUCGGGUACAUAUUAUUCGAUGUAUAAUGAAGACAAGGAAGUUGUAUAUCAACAGUGCCAGUUUGGCUGCUGUUGAUUGAAUGCGCGACGAUGACUCGUAAGUCUAGACGUGAACAAUAGACUCGAUGUACUUUGCAAUGAAUGUUGAAAUUGCUUACGCA